AUGCCCAUCAGUGAUGUUGGCAUCCUACGGAAGAUCCUGUCCGAGAAAGAAAAUGAAAUGACAUGGGUUGAUGCCAUCAUCAAACCCAUCACAGUUUUGUGGUUGGGAAAGGUUUCUCACAAUCAUAUUUUGCUGCCUCGAAGUUCCUUUUGUUCCAAAGCUGUGGUUUUCUCACCACCAGUCGUCAAAAUGCCACCAAACCUAAAAUUUCUUCAAGAUGCAGGAUCCCUCACUGCCGCUGUAACCCUUGCUGAGGUCCUCGAGCAUCCUCGUAUCAGAGUUGCGAUACUCGGUUGUGGCAUGAUGGGCCAGGAACACGUUAGUUAUAUUUGUGGAUAUCCAAAAGAUCUUCGGAUCGACUAUCUUGCCGAUCCAUUUCAGCCCUCUUUGGAUGCCGCUAAGAAAGUUUUGAGUGAAUUCCGUGACAGGGUACAGGGCAAUGGCUCCGACGAGGAUCAAUGCCACCAGCCAAUGUUCCUUCAAACUGAAGACGAACUCUUUCAGCAUGUUGACAAUAUUGAUCUCCUUGUCAUUGCUACACCCAACUACCUCCACGCGGACUCUUUGAUCAAGUGGGGGAAGCAAGAUAUUGCCAUUCUCUGUGAGAAACCAGUUGCUGUUUCCCAGGACCAAAUCAACCGACUACACGAGUUGACCCACCACCCAGAAUUCAGGGCCCGAGUCUGGACUGCAAUGGAAUAUAGGUAUAUGCCCGCCAUUGCCAAGCUGCUGUCGCUGGUGCCUAGCACCAUUGGAGACCUCAAGAUGAUCACUAUCCGCGAGAAUCGCUAUCCAUUUCUGCACAAAGUGCAAGAGUGGAAUCGGGAUCCUGCCAAGACCGGUGAUACUCUGGUUGAAAAAUGCUGCCAUUUCUUUGAUCUAUUCCGUCUCAUCACGGGACAAGAAGUGAAGCUUCCAGAAGUGCGUGCCCUGGCACAGAGGGGUCUCAACUACCACGAAGAAACCCCUGUGUUUGGUGUGGACCGCCCCAUCAUUGAUUCAGCCUAUGUUGUCAUGCCUUUUGACGGUGGAAAUCAGACGAAAGAGAAUACAAAUCCAGAAGAUCAGUCCAAGACGGUUGGGACCAUUGGUUGCUUGGAACUUUGCAUGUACUGUGAGGGAAGUCGUCAUCAGGAAGAGAUUAUUGUGACAGGAACCAAGGGCCGCUUGGAAGCUUAUCUCCCCGAGAACAAGGUCUUUUCCUUUGAAAGGCCCUCCAUGGAGCUCUGGGAUGACCGUAGUAUCCCACCACCUCCAAGUUCCGUGCGCCGACAGGUAUUUGACUGCUCUGAUGCCAAAGAGAUUCAUGGCAUUGAAGAUGAGAUUCCCACCCAUGGAGGUUACCACUACAGCAGCACAGCUGUGGAGUGGUACCGUUUGCUGGGUGCCAUGAGACAUCAUUCCAAGACGGGUACGUUCCUGCCUGAGGUUAGCCUGCAAGAUGGCAUGGCCGCGGUUCAAAUUGGCCUUCAGGCUUCUACAGCCAUCGUCAACGAACAGCAGGGAGGCGAGAAAUGA